GGAACAUCGUUGGUCAUUUUCGUUCUGAUCGGCCUCAAUUGUUACAAUAAUUUUAAGAUUAAUUUGUGUAGAUAUAACAAAAUUCCAUGCUUCGUAGAAGCUAUUAACCUGUAGAUUCGUUCGUGAUGUUAUAUGUUGUGCGAAUCUUUUAACCGUAGUGAUAUUGACUGAAGUAAAAUACAGGUGAUUCACGAAAGCAGCAAUGGCCUCUAAGCGGUUCGGCAAUUUCCAGCCGAAGCAGCCAUCCUCUUCGUAUAAAAGACCCAAGCUCGAUAUUGAGAUGGUCUCCAGCCAGCAGUACAACAGCAAUCAGCAGGCUAAACAUUUGGGUGGAACAAAUAACCAUAUGGACACUUCGACGGUUGUGGCAAAAUCUGCCAAAUCGGACUACCUUUGGGGCGACGACGAUGACGAGUUCAUCAUUUUGGCCUCGCAAAAGGUCGAAGAGGUUGAGCUGUUCCAAUCCCAGAUGACACAAAGCCAACACAUGGCAAUCCCAGAUGUUAGCUUCGGAAGGUUUUGCAACGGGGCCUCCAGUAGCACCCAACAUCAGCAACAGCCACCCAAAAAGGUGACCAAUUCGGCCGAAUUGAUGCCUCCACCGCCUCCGGUUGUUAGGCCGAGUUCCUCGCGUCAACCUGCUCAAGCGCCUCCUCCAGCAGCCAACGAAAUAAUCGACCUGCUGACGGAUGGCGACGACGACAUUUUCAGCGAGCAGUUUGACGAAAACUACGACAACAUCGAGAAGCACAUUGAUGAGUUUUUCAACAACGAAUGCGACGACGACUUCAAUCUGGAUGAGUUCCAACAAAACCGGAAUGGCCAAGGAGCGACCAGGCGAUCGCAGGAGGAUCUUCGGAAGUCACAGGAAGCUUUGGAAGUCAAGCCGAGUUCAAAGGCGGAGUCCAAACCUUCGAGCGUGUUUAAACCUAAACAACCUUCGACGACUUCAAAACCAGUCGUAGAUCCAUUCGCAAACGGUCAUAUUCCAGCCAGUCAGCAGUGUCAACCUCCGAGAUACAGCCAAAAGGACAGGGAAGCUUUGAUAAAUGCGGCCAAAAAGAAAGAUCACGCCAAAGACCUUCAGGUUAAUUUCCUUACUAAGCAGUUAGACAUGGCAACCAAGAAAACGGAACAGCUACAGAAGGACUAUAACGAGGUUUUGGAAAGGAUCCAAUGUCGUGACGGGGAAGCUUCGAUGCUCCGAUACGAGCUGAAAAACGUUAAAAGCCAAAACGAUCAGCUUCGGUUGGAGAAGAUGAAGGAAAGUGAGACCAUGAAAAAGGAAUGGAUUGAAAAGGUCAAAGAUUUGGAAAAAGUAAUUGUGGCGCAAAAAUCUGAACUGGAGUUCAAGACCGUAGAAAUGAUGAAUCUCAAAACGAGGCGGAUGAGUCAUUCAUUCAGGCCGACAGCUCCAGCAGAAAAGCCGGUUACGGAUGAAGAUUUCAAAAUUUAUCAUCGACAAUUGGUCGUGCCCCGUAAAGAAGUGGAACCAACACUAGACAUUGAUGUUAGAAUCUUCGACCUCUCAGCGGAAAGCAUUUCGAAAUUCAACACAAACAGUCGAAUAUCAAACUUUUCCAAAGGCGACGCAAUCCUUUCGCAGCAUCUCGGGCGGCUUCAAUCCAGUCUGUCUCAGCUAGUUUACUUUAGAAAAUCACUGCCUGAACUGUCCAUUCCAAAUCUCGCUCUGGUUGUGCACCAAGCGCUGGAGCAAAUAUUCAAGUACUGUAACCGGUUGAAGUUGGUCCGUGUCAAGGAUGCUCAUCUGGGACCGAAGGUUGCGUUCGAUUUCUUAAACAGAAACAGUAAGAAGUAUCGCCUCGAAGGUCCGGGGGCAAAUAUCUAUCAGAAGGAACCGAUUUCCUACAACGAGGAAGCGGUUAUUCCGCGAAGGUUUCUCGCUGCCCUAGGAUUACUUUGUCGAUACGAACCCUCGUUGGCGGUGCGACUGCUGCGAAAAACGGAUGGACGUCAGGAAGGAGACGGUGGUUUGAACAUGUUGGGGAAAGCUCUCCUCAAAAUUAGUUAUGCUAGCAAUCUGUAUGACCAUAUCGGGUUUGUAACGGCUGCUGCGUCCAUCGUUAGUAGUCUUAGUCAUCACAUUAACGAAGUUGAAGAACGCUCCCAAAUCGUUCAUCUCUUCAAGUGUCUUAUUUAUUGCCGACCGGACAGUUCCUUAGCGCUGACCUAUCUGUCGGAAGCCCUGUAUCGGAUUGCGUUGUCCAAUCAAUCCGUGGACCUUCUGAACCAGCUCUGUUGGCGUAGCAAGGCCGACUGUUUCACCACGAACGAUACGUACCGCAUGAUACAGUUCAAAAAAGAUUCUUGUACCCUGCAAAUCUACGCAGUAUUGCUGGAAACCUCGGUGCCCCAGAAUAGAACACUCAACCAAUCCGAACGAGAGCAUCUGGUGAUCAAUACUAGAAAUACUAUCUACUUCCUGCGAAAUUCUUUAGCCCGUCCGGUUCGAUGGGUACGGCAUUUCUUCCACCGGAACACGACGGCCACCGAAAGUUCUUCCCGAACGUCGAAAGCCCAUUGCCAGUGUCACAUUCGUAUUACCAACGCCUUCGUGGUGCUAUUCCAUCAGUUGCUACGCUGUUGGUCUCACUGUCCUCUGAACGUGGAUUUCAACACCAUGAUACAGCUGACCCAGAACGGGGUGCUCCUACUGUUUGACCUGUUUCAAACGGCUUAUCGGAGCGUUAUACUCCAGAUCGGCGGCCACGCCAUCCAGUGUCGGCUUCAGGCGGCGUACAACCUGCUGGUACAACACCAGAACGACUUUCGGUUUCAAGCUGCGCACAAAACUGCCCUGCGGCUACUGGAUCUGCGGCUGGUGAUGGAUGAGCCGCUCAAAUCGAGCGACGAUGAGGAAAAAAUGGAAACCGAUGAAGACACGGCGACAUCGACGACGACGACGACGGACAGCGUCGGUCAGGAGAGGCGUGGAUUGUAUGAUGAUUUGUUCGAAGGUUUUUUCAGCAGUAAAUUUUCACUUCACUGAAAAUAAUUGUACAAAACGAGAGAGCGUUUUUA